CGACUGAUCAGAAUCAUGGAUUCAAGAAAAGUUCUUCUGAUGCUCAUCUGGUUGACAACAUCUUCAUGUCAGCUCUGGAGGACAUCAGGAAUGACAGACAGGCGGCAACCCCCUCCUGCUGCUUCCUUUCUGGAACAACUCCUGAAGAUUGGUGGAAGAGUAAAUGGUAGAGCCGCUCGGGAAUCUGAUCUGGGAUUAGAGGAAAGACCCUCCACAUGGGCACAAUUGGUGCAAGAAAGAGAUCAACUGAACUUGCUCAGAAGCAGCUCUGUUCCUGGACACCGUGUGCCCCGACAACUGUUAGCUUCACCUCCUGCCCGUGGAUGCCAUCUUGGCACUUGCCAGAUCCAGAACCUGGCCAAUCUACUUUACCGUUAUGGGGGCAAUAACCAAAAAGAAGAAUCCCACAAGAACAACAAGGGAACAAAUGAUCCCAUGGGCUAUGGGCGUAGGAAACGCAGGGCAGCUGGCCAUGGAGUAUCCAGUCCCACUUAAAAGAUGUUUUGAGGAUGAGAGAAAGAUGGGCACCCACAUGAAUCAGGUUCUGGACACCUGCAAAGAUCAGAGAAAGAGGCUGGAUGAUCCCAGCGCUCAGAGGCCAUGCUACGAAACAGCAGUGGACAUUCUGGGUGAAUAUGGCCAUCAUCUGAGAUGAAGGAUGGCAACUCUCUUCUGCCUUUUUACCUCCAUCUCAGUUUAGAUUUGGUUCCUUGUGUUUUCCUGAAAUUUCAACAGCAUGCAGUCUUCAGAGAGAUUGCCUGUUUCUGCUCUGGCCUGAGCUGUUCUAGUAGAGUGGAGUUACAUUUGUAUUUGCACCAGAUCACAUCAAGAGCCCACUAUCCAUUGGGGCACAGAAUGCACAUGAAUAUGCUCUAAUAAACCACAGAGACAGAGAGAGCAAAGGGGUUUGGGAUCUCCAGAAAGAUACUGAAACAGCCAUGACUUGUUUCUGCAAAAGAGAAAUUGAUAUUAACACCAUGUUAGCACUGUGGACGGUGGGGGUGGGGUUUAAAUCAAACAAUUUCCCUGGGGCAUUUCUGUCUUGUUGGAUUCUGUGUUUCAUCUGUGCAUAAUGGAUUUCUUUUGAGAGGAGCUUGUAAGUAAACAGACUGAUCGAUU